CAUUCCCAAAUCCUCCCAAAUGGGGAUCACAUUCAGAGCCGGGCUGAUGCAACGGUUUCCACUUUUUAAAAUCUACUCUCGACCCACGUCCGAGCAGAAGAAAGGACAUUUGUUCCACCUGGGCUCCAAGUCAGAGCAAGGCAGAGAGCAGCCGCUGCUGUGACGGAGACGCUGAAGGUGGGAGCACUCGGGGUGAUUGCAUGAAGGACACAAACAGUUUUCGACCGUGCCGUGCGGGCCGUGUGUGGUCAGGUCUCGCUGCUGUGACAAUGUUCCAUUCAAGUACUGGACAUUCAAUCAUUUGCACGCGUCAAACUAGUCAACACAGUCGCCCUCAGUAUCAGCCCAAAGGUAAAGGCUGUACACAGAGGCAUGUCGGACGUCCGGAAAAUGCGGUCUCCGACUCUCCUCGCUGUGGUCCCGGCCAAGUGUGACACGAUGCCAGGACAAAUUCCGGAUCCCUCUGUGACAGCAGGAUCCCUGCCCAGUCUCGGCCCUCUGGCUGGCAUCUCUACCACCACGCUCACUGACGCGCUCAAGUUUGGUGACCUGCGGGAGUUUGAGACCAUGUUGUCCCCUCUGCACUUCCUGGGAAGCCUCAGGCCUCUUGGCAUCAAAACAGAGAGAGAUGAUGAAGAGGGCGAAAGAAGGAAACGAAGGCGAGAGAAGAACAAAGUGGCUGCAGCACGGUGUCGAAACAAAAAGAAAGAAAGGACGGAUUACCUCCAAAAGGAGUCGGACAGAUUAGAGAUGUUAAAUUCAGACCUGAAAAAUCAGAUUGAGGAGCUGAAAGUAGAACGGCAGCAGCUGAUCCACAUGCUCAACCGCCAUCGUCCAACCUGCAUCGUCAGGACAGACAGCAUCCAGACGCCUGAGAGCGAGGAAAACCCCUUGUUGGAGCAGCUGGAAUCCGAGUGAUGGCGCUCUGAUAUCUACCAACAACGUGAAGUCAACAAGAAGGACAACUUUAAAUGGAGAUCCAUUUAAACAGUGAGGAAGUUAAGACAUGUGAUGCUGCUGUUACACUUCAGACUUUACUCUGCUUUUUACUAUUGCAGCGCUUGCCUCUUACUCUGAUGCCACACUAUACCCACAAUCUUGGUAAAGUAACCCCAACACGAGCCCUUAGCACAACUUUGCUUCAGCAGAUUUCCAGUAGUUUUAGUUUAGAAAGGUAUUGUAAGAGUUAAAGUUAAAGUACCAAUGAUUGUCACACACACACACACUAGGUGUGGUGAAAUUUGUCCUCUGCAUUUGACCCAUCCCCUUGUUCACCCCCUGGGAGGUGAGGGGAGCAGUGGGCAGCAGCGGUGGUUGCUAAAAAAGUUGCUAUCACCGAGCUGAAAUACCACUAUAAAGCAUAAAAAGUGACCAUAAUAAUGUUGCAGGUGAUAGCUGAUACAGUACAAGUCUGCCCUCUAGUGGUUGCGAGCAGCAACACUGACUUUCUUGCAAAGUCUUAAUAGUUCAGAACUCGAAUGAGUAUUUAAUCACCAUGAAGUAUGGUAAUUUUCUAAUGUUGCAAAUAUUGGGACUAUUAAGAGUGAGUAUUUUGUUAGGAAAAAUUCUUAUACUGUCCUUUUUUUUAUAUGUGUCAUCAUUUCUACUCAUGGCGCAGGCGUCAUUUAACAUGCUUACAUAUCAAAUAUACAUAUGUGGACAGUUUACAUUGUACUGUACCUUAUUUAGAGAAUGAUUAUGUUUUGUACUACCAACAAGUUUUAUAAUGAAAAAAAAACUUUUGUAUCAUGCUAUGUUAGCGAUCAUAAAAGGCUAUUUGUAUACCUUUUUGAAGACAUGUUUACUUCGUACUGAACUUGAAAGCGUGGAUGUGUGCAUUUUGGUAAACACCGUCGUCUAGUGGCGACGAGGAGGAAGACAGCAAAUCAAGGGCCCUUUAAUUAAAAUUGAUUUUUUUCUUUAGAAUAUAAUUUCUUGAAUAACUUUUUUUUUUAACAAUUUAAUAACUAAUAAAAAAAUAGAUAAAAAUAAAUAAAUAAUAGUAAUUUGAAAAGUUUUUGUGUAUAUUAAACACGCUAACAUCGAUGAAAUGCAAACGCAGAUAUGCAAGUCAGCAAAAUGUUUAAAGACCAAAUCUGUUGUGUGUUACAUGUAACAAAGCAAAUCGUAUUAUUAGUAUUUAACAUUCCAACCUUUUCCCAACAUUUGAUAUUAAUUAUAUUUCUGUACUUGUUAUAAUGUUCGGCUUUUUGUGGCCCUAAACCAUU